CUCUCUGUCGCGCGGGAAAAAAGAGAGAGAAAAUAGUAUAAAACACCACACCUAAAAGCUAGGGUUUUCUUCUCUGCAGCAAAUCAGAAUCCACCACAGAGAAAAAAAUGUGUGACUUCAUGGGUUUCAUGAUGACCUAACUAUGAAAUCUAGAUAAGGGUCUCCUGUCUCCCCUUAGUUGUUUCACAGGCCAAACAAGGGGCAUGUCAGCUGGCAAACGGAGACUAAAUGGUACUCAAAAUUAUGUUCCUUUGUAAUUCAUCCUUAAUAAUCUCAAAGAUACUAGUUAAUAUCAAAAGCCCUUCUGCUCUUUUCUCGUCUAUUACUAAAAGUCACAAUCGUUGCUCUUAUUAUUACUUUUUCUCUAGUUCUUCUGACAAGAACUGGAGCCUUAUACACCAAAUUGUUAAAGCCUUUCACAACCAAGAAAACCCUAAACCCUUAAACCCUAUUCUUCUCUCUAAAUUACAACUUUACCAUGUACCAGACGUUAUUUUAUCCCUUCAGCCUAAGCCCUUUUCGGCUAUUAGAUUCUUUGAGUGGGCUGAGAGCUUUUUCAUUUCACCACCCUCUGCACCAUCAUUCUGUGCCCUCCUCCAUGUCUUGCUUCAAAACCAAUUAUUUAGUUGUGCUGCUUGUGUUUUCGAUAAGUUUAUCAUGCAAUUUGGAAAGGCUUAUGACACUUUGGAUGCCUUUCGUGAUGGGUUUUGUGAUUUGGAUUCGACAAACCAUAGUGUUGUUUAUGGGUUUUUGAUUGAGAGUUACUGUCGAAAAGGGAUGUUUGAUAAAUCUGUUGAUAUAUUCAUGCAUGUUUGUGUAAAGGGUAUUUUUGUUUCACCAAAUGUGGUGUACUUGUUGUUGGGUUCUUUGGUUGAUUCACAUUGUGUUGAUGUAAUUGUGGAUAAGUAUGGUGAGCUGUGUUCAGCUAUGAGAGAACAGCCUUUUAGUGUUUAUGAGUUUGUAAUGAAUAGGUUUAUGAACAAGGGUGAGGUUGAAAUGGGUUUGAGAUUCCAUAAAGCUUUGAUUCAAGGAGGUUUUGUUCCGGAUAUCAUUACUUGCAAUAAGAUUUUAAAAGGUAUUUGGAUGCAAAAUGAUAUACGAGUUGCAGAUGAUUAUUUUAAUAUGGUAGUCAGGAUUGGCCCAAAACCAAAUGUUGUCACAUUUAGCACAUUGAUUGAUGCAUAUUGUAAAGAGAGAAAAUUGGAUAAAGCGUUUGUGCUUUUUGAUGUUAUGGCAGUGAAUGGUGUGGCACCUGACUUAAUUGUCUACAGCAUUCUUAUUGAUGGCCUGUUUAAGGCAGGGAGGCUGGAAGAUGGACAAAGGCUCUUGUUGGUAGCAUUAGAUAAGGGUAUCAAGUUGGAUAUUGUUGGUUUCAGCUCAGCCAUGGAUGCAUAUGUGAAAAUCGGGGAUUUAGGGAGGGUAAUUCAGAUUUAUAAGAGAAUGUUGAAUGAAGGGAUUUCACCUAAUGUGGUUAGCUGCAGCAUUCUUAUAAAGGGGUUCUGUCAGAAUGGUAGGAUCUUAGAGGCUUGUGGACUGUUUGUUCAGAUUCUGAAACUUGGUUUUGAGCCAUCUAUUUUAACUUACAGCGCUCUCAUUGCUGGAUUUUGCAAAUCAGGAAAUCUAAGGGAUGGGUUUUAUUUAUAUGAGGAUAUGAUGAAGAAGAGGUGUGCACCUGAUACCAUUGUUUACAAUGUUCUGAUAAAUGGUCUAUGCAAACAAGGGUUGGUGGGUGAUGCACUAAGAUUCUUCUUUCAAGCUGUGAAUAGGGGUUUAAGUCCCAAUGUCUUUACUUUGAACACCUUGCUAGACAGCUUCUGUAGAUUGAAAUGCAUAGUUGGUGCUAUGAAGGUGUACUAUCUAAUGGGAAUGUUAAAUAUAAAAGCAGACACAGUGACCUACACCAUCCUUAUUAAAGGCGCUGCUCAAUUAGGUAGAGUUGAUGAGGCACUGAUGUUAUUCUUCCAAAUGCUCAAGAAGGAUUUCAAACCAGAUGUUAUAACAUAUUGCACUCUGAUUGAUGGACUUUGUAAGCUGAAAAAAUCACCUGCAGGAUUAUGUAUUUUUUAUUUCAUGUGCAAGAAUGCUGUGGCCCCUGAUAUUGCAAUUUAUAAUGUUCUCAUUAAUAUGCAUUCUAGGGAAGGCCAUUUGGAGGCUGCAGUUGGACUCUUUGUCCAUGUUGUUGAGAGAGGGCCAAAACCUGAUGUUUGUACUUUCAACACAAUGAUUUGCUGUUACUGCAAUUUCAAAAGGUUAGAUGAUGCAGUUCAGCUUUUUGCGAAGAUGACAAGUGAACAGCUCAGACCCAAUGCCAUUACUUUUACCAUACUGAUUGAUGCAUUUUGUAGAGAAGGUAGAAUGGAUGAUGCCAUGUUGAUGUUUUCCAAAAUGCUGGAAGAGGGUCCCGAACCCAAUUUGGUGACAUAUAGUUGUUUGAUUCAUGGUUAUUUCAAAUCUGAAAGUAUGAUGGAAAGUGGCUUAAAGCUGUAUAAUGAGAUGCUUGAAAACAAUAUUGCUCCAAAUAUUGUCAGUUACAGCAUUCUCAUUGAUGGUCUGUGUAAAAGAGGUCUAAUGAAGGAAGCGUCUUGUGCUUUUCAUUGUGCACUAGACAAACAUUUAUUGCCUGAUGUGAUAGCUUAUACGAUUCUGAUCCGUGGAUAUUGCAAGGUUGGGAGAUUAACUGAAGCCAUGAUGUUGUAUGACAAUAUGUUAUUGAAUGGACUCACUCCAGACCGCUUCCUGGAAAGAACACUUGAGGAGUAUCAACUUAAAAAAGCUGGAGCAAAACAUUUGUGUGCUUGAGGAGGAUGUAUGGAGACCUUCCUAUUAUCAUCCUGCAAUUAGGCAUCAUCAUGGUGAAUGAAAUUACUACUGCUGCUUUCUAGGUACUGAUUAUAAUGUAUAUUAGUGUUGUAUUUCAUCAUACAUAUUCACUUGUAAGUAUAGACAAAACUCUGUUCUUACUCUGUAAAGAAUAUAGCCGUGAACUCUUUUCUGGAUCCAUUGUAUUAUCACUUGGAACACCAGACCAAAAAAUUUACCCUUAAAGAAUAUCACAAUUUACAUUUUUUUUUUCUAAUUUUUAAUCUGUCUUGAACGUUAGCUGAUGUUUCUUCUUAGGGAAAAAGUAAAAUGGCCUCGUGUUUAUUUCUCUUGUUUUUCUUUUGAGAUCUGCCUUGCAUACGCAAUCAAUUACUAUGGCAUUAUUCUUUUUCGAAGCCUGAUGGUGAUCUUCGGAAAGCUAUGGGUUAAAACUUAUAAAAAGCAUUAAUCAAACCAUGCGACAGUUCUACCAAGAAAAAUGAGUUUUUCGGGUAUAAUUAUUUGCUCAUGUGGUUUGCUGUCAUCUUUUGUUAUCCCCUUGCAAUCUGAUAUUACCUUCAAACUGAUGGGUUUCUAUUUCCAAAGGUCAGCUUAAUGAUUGUAGAGGUGUUGAUCCAUGGAGACAUGAUUGCUUUCUAAUCCUACAGGUAAACAUGCUGGUGGUAAAUAGUUAUAUGACUUUUGCGUGGUUAAAACAUUUUGAUAUUCUGGAAUGAGCUGUUGAGUAGAAUAAAAGAAGUACUUUGACUGGGGAUGGUUAUUGCUCUUGAAGCUUAAGCUCACAAUGAACUUUUUGCCGGGAUGGAAGAUGGCAGAGGCAAAGAAUGGAAUUGGACACGUUGGACAUGCAAUUACUCCAAAAAUGGGGUGAAAAUCUUGCAAAGAAAGGGCUCUCUCUCCAACCUGUCUUUCAUCAAUAGGUAAUGACAAAGCUCAGCUAAGAAAUUGUACUGGGCCUCUGCCUACGUUCUGCAUUUUAGAUUGCCCGUGUUUUCUCCAGUAUCAAGGCAAGCUGUGUAGCGAUUCAGAAUUGGCUUACUUAUCAUUCAAUCAUUAUGCAAUUUUAUUUCAGGGAGUAUUUGUGGACAGGCUGAACAGAUAAAACUUAGAAGAGCUCUAGAGAUGGAAUGGAUAGUUUUGGAUGAAAAAGAACGGUUCUCUGAAGAUGAGAGAAUUCUGUCAGAAAAGGAAAGAAGUAACAAGUCAACUUCUGCCGAAGUUACUCAUUAAGACUCGGAUUAAAUUCUUAUCGUUUUCGUGCAAGAGACAAGAACAUUUGUAAGAUUCCAUAAAUAUUCUUCCAAUUUCUUCCGGCAAUUUACCAUACAUCUACAUCAUACUCCGCGUUAAUAGUUUCAGGAAUACCCAGCAAGAAUCAUUCUGAUCCUAUCUCUGUUCAUCUGAAGAAAGGAAGUAUCCCAAAUGUGACAUGCUAUUACAUCUUAUAAACUCUCAUUUAGACCUGGGAAGAAAGGGCCAAGGAUACCCAAAGAGUUUAAACUUCUAGUGUGGAGGCAGCUAUGCUGAGGUUGUUAUCGAUCUUACUUGUACAUGUUCAACAUGUUAUAUCAAUGAAACAAAAGUUCUGCUCCAA